AUGGCGGCGGCGGAGGGCGGCGAGGGGCUCUUCGCGCUGGAGCUGCUGGUGGAGGCGGUGCGGGUGGAGGCGCCGGGCCCCGCGCUGCGCCCGGCCGUGGCGCUGCGUCUCCUGGACUUCCCGCCGCUGCUGGUGCACGCGCCCGCCGCGGCGCCGCCGCUGCAGCCGGGCCGGCCCUGCGCCUUCGGCCGCGGCAAGCGCUGCCUCUUCCGUCGGCGCCGCGGCUCGCUGUGCGCCGCGCUGCGCCGCCGCCCGCUGCGCGCCCUGCUGCUGGCGCUGCCCGCCGCGCCGGGGCCGGGGCCGGGGCCGGGGCCGCCCCGUCUCCUCGGCGCCUGCGGCGUCUCGCUGGCCCCCGCCGCCGCCGAGCUGCUGCGGCGCCCCGCCGCCGCCACCGCCUCCUGGGGCCGCCGCGGCCGCUUCCCGCUGCGGGACGCCGCCGGCCGCCCCGUCGGCGAGCUGGCCCUGGGCUACCGCCUCAGCAGCCUGGGGGCCGCCGCGGAGCCGGAGCCGGGCCCGCCCCGCGCCACCUCCCCCGGCCCCGCGCCGGGCGCCGAGGAGGAGGAGGAGGGCGAGGAGGAAGGCGAGGAGCUGGAGGGCAACAUCUUCCGCCCUCCCGUGCUCUACUACAGCCGCGGGCGCGCCGAGCCUCGCCCGGCGGCGGCGGCGGCGCCCGGGCCGCAGCAGCGCGGCGAGGCCCGGAGCCCUCCGCGGCCCGGCCGCAGCCGCAGCCCCGGGCCGGGCCGCUCGCCGCUGCGUCCCGCUAGCCCGGGGCGGCUCCGCGACGCUGCGCGGCAGCUGCCGCUGCUCAGCGCCCUGCUAGCAGAGCUGUCCGUGCUCGCCCAGCCCGGCGACGCCCCCGCGGCCGUCCACCCCCGCCUCGCCUGGCUCUACUCGCCCCCGGGGGAGGUACCGACUGCGGGCGGCGGCUGCUCUCCCGGGCCCGACGGGGCUGCAGCGGGGCCCAGCGAGGCCGCCAGCCCUGAGUCCAAGCGGAGCCAGCAAGAGCCAGCCUCAGCGGGCCCUUUGCGGGCCAGGAAGGGAGCAGAGGAGGCCGUGCCCUUGGCAGAGAGGGGCUCUGGAAGGAAGCAGGAAACUAAGGCAAAUGCGGCUCGUGGGAGGCACCUGUUGUACGGCCUGACAAAUACCUUGAGGCUGCGGCUGCAGCAGACCAACCCUGGCAUGCUCAUGGUUCAUGAAAGGAGGGAGCGGUAUAGAAAAAAGCAAGUGGAAAUGUUGAAGGAGAAGAGAAGCCCUUUAUCGAAGAAAAAGCUGGUCAAAAAUGCUGGGGGACAGCACCUGGUUUCAUACAGGCGCUGUAGUAGGGGAGAUGGUUCAAAGCAGAGUAAUCAGUUUGAUGAAACUGUUGAGACUUCGUUACAAAGCAAUGCUCUCAAGGAGUACUCUUCCACCCCAGGAAAUGCGUCCCCUGACCUGCAGAAACAGGCUGUUCACAGUCUUUUGAGGAAUUACGAAACUGCACAGCAGGAGUGUCCGUGUGAAUUAACUACAGCCCCCUUACUGCAGGAAAGGGUAUUAAAAUCUGCUCACAGAGAAAAGGGUAUGAAGGUCCAACUCCUGGCACCUUUCAGAUCGGAUGCUGAUGCAAAGGAAAGUAAUGAUGAUGCUUCUGUUGUAAGUGAUCAUAAAUCAAAACCAAGCCCUAGCAGGAGUGUUGAAAGCAACUCUGAAUUCAUAUACUCAGAUGACUUUGUUGCUAGCCCUGAGAACUCAGUUUAUUCAGAAGGUAUCAGCAGUGCUGACUAUUCAGGCAGAGGCUCACAAACUUUUGACAGCAGUCCUGAACCUCUGUGGGUGGGAAGCCUGAAGCAACCGCAUUCACACUCGGAGUCAGAAUCCAGCAGGUCCAGAGUUUCAAAGAUGAGUCGAAGAACUGAAAGUACUUCAGCUCUUGUGCCAGUUCCUUCAGCUUCAUCUCCAGUCCACUCACUCAAGAGAAACUGUGAUGGGAAAACCAGCAAGAGAACUAGUGGUGAAGCUGUUGAUUUACUUAAUGAUGCCUCCUUUCAAGCAGGGUUAUUACAUGCAGAGGAGACAGCCCACCAGAUCAGUAAGGAAGAGAACAGAGUUGAUCAACAUAUUGAACAAGCACCUACACCGAGAAGCAAAGAAAUUAGCUCUGAUAGUGAUCUAAAUAUAGGAAAGGGGCAGACUUCUGUAGAAAAAAGCCAGUCAUUAACUCAAGCUAGCUCAUAUUUGCCAUCUAACAUGUCUGAUCUUGAGCCUAGUCCCCUGGAAAACAGUAUGUCAGACAGAGAUGAUGAUUUUUUGGGAACACUAAGCAUUCCUCACCAAUAUAAAGACAUCAGUGAACUUGUAAUAAGCAAGCUUCCUGGAUAUACAAUGUAAUUAGAAAUUUUCUCUGUCUUGAUUAAAGUACGAUAUUUAAACUAUAUUUUUAUAAGGACUGUUACAUUUGCCUACAAUUUAUAUAAGUUGAGAAUGUCAUUUGCACUUAAUACA